AUGGACAUCCUUUCUGUUUUCGAAUACGAACAAAAUGUAAGAUAUCUUUGUGUUGCAAAUCAACGUACACUCACGAUGAAACAAAAUCGUUUUCGAUCAUUUGUGAACUUUUGUAGUUCAGUGAAAUCAUUUAAUCCUUUACACUUUUUUCGAUAUGCGGAUAAUACAUUUGCUUUUCAUAAAAAAAAGAAUAUGCCACAGCGAGUGAUGAAUUCACUUGAAAUAAAGGAUCCGCCAACGACAUUAAAUCAUGGUCAAACAACAUUUAAUCGUUACGCAACAAAGAAAACUUUGGCGAAUAGUAGUUUCGAAUUAGCUUUACUUGUUACGAAUGCUGUUCAAUUGAAAACACUUUUGGGAAAUAAAUCAAAUCAAGAUGCACUUUGGAUUGUUGGCCUUUCACUUGUUUGUGCAUCGUUAUUCAUUCAAGUGAUUAAUGCCUGUAUUUUGGUCUUGUUGGGUACUGAUGAUAUAUCGAAAGAACAACGACAACAUCGUUUAAUAUCAUUAAAUAAUUUUUCACUUAUUCUCUCGGUUCUUUUAGCAAUUGUGAAUGUUGUUUUAAAUGUUAUUGUUGCUGUUGAUCCAAAAAUUCUUUCAGCAGCGAUCAAUGGAACGAAACAUGAUUAG